GAUCAGUCCCCAGGGCAGGGGUGGAGGAGGCCGGGAAGGGGCAAGUCCCAUCUGGAGGAGUUCCCUCCUGCCGGCAUUCCUAGAUCUCUGGUCAUUCUUCUCCAAUCCGGAAAGGGCUGCCUGGUCUUAUAAAGCCAGAAGAGAGGUCUGAGAGGUCCGAUGGCCGUUCACCUGCUGCAGUCUUCCGAGGCCUUAACCCUCCCUGCUUGUCACAGGAUUCAAAGACUGACAUGGCCCAGCGGGUGACAACACAGCUGCUGCUGCUUCUGCUGGGGGUGGCCACAGUGUGGGCAGCCCGGCCCAGGACUGAGCUGCUCAAUGUCUGCAUGGACGCCAAGCACCACAAGGAAAAGCCAAGCCCGGAGGACGAGCUGCACAAGCAGUGCAGCCCCUGGAAGAAGAAUUCCUGCUGCUUCACCAACACCAGCGAGGAAGCCCAUAAGGAUAUUUCCUACCUGUACAAAUUCAACUGGAACCAUUGCGGACAUAUGACACCUGCCUGCAAAAGGCACUUCAUCCAGGACACCUGCCUGUAUGAGUGCUCCCCUAACCUGGGGCCCUGGAUCCAGGAGGUGAACCAGAGCUGGCGCAAGGAGCGCAUCCUGGACGUGCCUCUGUGCAAAGAGGACUGCCAGCAAUGGUGGGAGGACUGCCAUACCUCCUACACCUGCAAGAGCAACUGGCACAAGGGCUGGGACUGGUCCUCGGGCUAUAACCGGUGCCCAGCGGGAGCUGCCUGCCUUCCUUUUCAUUUCUACUUCCCCACAUCUGCUGCUCUGUGCAAUGAAAUCUGGAGUCACUCCUACCAGGCCAGCAACUACAGCCGGGGGAGCGGCCGCUGCAUCCAGAUGUGGUUCGACCCGGCCCAGGGCAACCCCAAUGAGGAGGUGGCGAGGUUCUAUGCCCUGGCCAUGAGUGCUGGGGCCGUGCCCCAAGGGGCUGAGCCUCUCCUGCUCAGCCUGGCCCUGAUGCUGCAGUUCUGGCUGCUCGGCUGAGUCUAGCCCUACCCAGACAUCCUCUCUGCAUGCCCCCAGUUUGGAUGACCGAGCUGGGCAUCGAGGGAGCCCUAGGCGUGCCUCCAUCCAUUAUGCAUCCUUCUGUCAUCCCGUUCCUGCUCCAUGGUGGGGCUUGGGGUUUCUCUGGCAGUCGGUUCAAAUAAAAAGACUGACACAUCCA